GGAAAGGAGGGGUGUUAAGGGGUGGGGGAGUCAUUUAUGCAGAGCAGGCACUGCUGCCAUUGCCACUCAGAAUCCCCGCGCGCUGCUUCGAGCCAGAGGGAGCGCAGGGAGCGAGCAAGCGAGCGCUCAGAGCCCGGGCCAGCAGAGGGGGCGCCCGGCCGCUGCCUGCACCGCCCCCGCCGGCCAUCUCCGUCGCGCUCGGGGGCUCCGGGAGGAGCGAGAGCUAGUCGGAGAGUCCGGGAGCCGAGCCGGACGAGACCCAACUGCGGAGGGCGCCCGCCCCACUCAGCCGCCUCCUGCGCCCGAGCCAGGGAGCACCGCCGACCGCCCCGCGGGCCGUAGAGCAGGGAGCACAGGUCCCCGCAGCCCCAGGAAUGGUCUAGGAGCCGGCGCGGGGCUCGCUGCUCUGCUCCCUGCCGGGGCUCGCUGCCUACUGCCGAUCGCCCGGGGCUGCGAGCCGCGGCGGCCCGGGGCUGCGCGCCGGGGCGGCCCAGGCCGGAGAAGUUAGUUGUGCGCGCCGCUUACUGCGCGGAGCCAGCCAGCAAGCGGGGGAGCGGCGAGGCGCCGGGACCAUGGGCUGGGGGAGCCGCUGCUGCUGCCCGGGACGGCUAGACCUGCUGUGUGUGCUGGCGCUGCUCGGGGGCUGCCUGCUCCCCGUAUGCCGGACGCGCGUCUACACCAACCACUGGGCAGUCAAAAUCACCGGCGGCUUCCCGGAGGCCGACCGCAUAGCCAGCAAGUACGGAUUCAUCAACAUAGGACAGAUAGGGGCCCUGAAGGACUACUACCACUUCUACCAUAGCAGGACAAUUAAAAGGUCAGUUCUCUCCAGUAGAGGAACCCACAGUUUCAUUUCAAUGGAACCAAAGGUGGAGUGGAUCCAACAGCAAGUGGUGAAAAAACGGACAAAGAGGGAUUAUGACCUCAGUCGUACUCAGUCUACCUACUUCAAUGAUCCAAAGUGGCCAAGCAUGUGGUAUAUGCACUGCAGUGAUAAUACGCAUCCCUGCCAAUCAGACAUGAAUAUCGAAGGAGCCUGGAAGAGAGGCUACACGGGAAAGAACAUUGUGGUCACCAUCCUGGACGAUGGCAUUGAGAGAACCCAUCCGGAUCUGAUGCAAAACUACGAUGCUCUAGCGAGUUGCGACGUGAAUGGGAAUGACUUGGACCCAAUGCCUCGUUAUGAUGCAAGCAACGAGAACAAGCAUGGGACCCGCUGUGCUGGAGAAGUGGCAGCCGCUGCAAACAACUCCCACUGUACGGUCGGCAUUGCUUUCAACGCCAAGAUCGGAGGAGUGCGAAUGCUGGACGGAGAUGUCACAGACAUGGUGGAAGCGAAGUCGGUCAGCUUCAAUCCCCAGCACGUGCACAUAUACAGCGCCAGCUGGGGCCCAGACGACGAUGGCAAAACUGUGGACGGACCAGCCCCCCUCACCCGGCAAGCCUUUGAAAACGGUGUUAGAAUGGGGCGGAGAGGCCUCGGCUCUGUGUUUGUCUGGGCAUCCGGAAAUGGUGGAAGGAGCAAAGACCACUGCUCCUGCGAUGGCUACACCAACAGCAUCUACACCAUCUCCAUCAGCAGCACAGCGGAAAGCGGAAAGAAGCCCUGGUACCUGGAAGAGUGUUCAUCCACGCUGGCCACCACCUACAGCAGUGGAGAGUCUUACGAUAAGAAAAUCAUCACUACAGAUCUGAGGCAGCGUUGCACGGACAACCACACUGGGACAUCGGCCUCAGCCCCCAUGGCUGCGGGCAUCAUUGCACUGGCCCUGGAAGCCAAUCCGUUUCUGACCUGGAGAGACGUACAGCAUGUUAUUGUCAGGACUUCCCGUGCGGGACAUUUGAACGCUAAUGACUGGAAAACCAAUGCUGCUGGUUUUAAGGUGAGCCACCUCUACGGAUUUGGACUGAUGGACGCGGAAGCCAUGGUGAUGGAGGCAGAGAAGUGGACCACGGUUCCCCGGCAGCAUGUGUGUGUGGAGAGCACAGACCGACAAAUCAAGACGAUUCGCCCCAACAGUGCAGUGCGCUCCAUCUACAAAGCCUCGGGCUGCUCCGAUAACCCCAACCGCCACGUCAACUACCUGGAGCACGUCGUCGUGCGCAUCACCAUCACCCACCCCAGGAGGGGAGACCUGGCCAUCUACCUGACCUCGCCCUCGGGAACUAGGUCCCAGCUUUUGGCCAACAGGCUAUUUGACCAUUCCAUGGAAGGAUUUAAAAACUGGGAGUUUAUGACCAUUCAUUGCUGGGGAGAACGAGCCGCUGGUGACUGGAUCCUUGAAGUUUAUGAUACUCCCUCUCAACUGAGGAACUUUAAGACUCCAGGUAAAUUGAAAGAAUGGUCUUUGGUCCUCUAUGGCACUUCUGUGCAGCCGUAUUCACCAACCAACGAGUUUCCUAAAGUAGAACGUUUCCGCUAUAGCCGAGUUGAAGACCCCACAGACGACUAUGGUACGGAGGAUUAUGCAGGUCCCUGUGACCCUGAGUGCAGUGAGGUUGGUUGUGACGGGCCAGGACCAGACCACUGCAAUGACUGUUUGCACUACUACUACAAGCUGAAAAACAACACCAGGAUCUGUGUCUCCAGCUGUCCCCCUGGCCACUACCAUGCUGACAAGAAGCGAUGCAGGAAGUGUGCCCCCAACUGUGAAGCCUGCUUCGGCAGCCACGGCGACCAGUGCCUGUCCUGUAAAUACGGAUACUUCCUGAACGAAGAAACCAACAGCUGUGUUACUCACUGCCCUGAUGGGUCAUAUCAGGACACCAAGAAAAAUCUUUGCCGGAAAUGCAGUGAAAACUGCAAGACGUGUACUGAAUUCCACAACUGUACAGAAUGUAGGGAUGGGUUAAGCCUGCAGGGAUCCCGGUGUUCUGUCUCCUGUGAAGAUGGGCAGUACUUCAAUGGCCAGGACUGCCAGCCCUGCCACCGCUUCUGCGCCACUUGCGCUGGGGCAGGAGCUGACGGGUGCAUUAACUGCAUGGAGGGUUACUUCAUGGAGGAUGGGAGAUGCGUGCAGAGUUGUAGCAUCAGCUAUUACUCUGACCACUCUUCAGAGAAUGGAUACAAAUCCUGCAAAAAAUGCGAUACCAGUUGUUUGACGUGCAAUGGCCCAGGGUUCAAGAACUGUACAAGCUGCCCCAGUGGGUAUCUCUUAGACUUAGGAAUGUGUCAGAUGGGAGCCAUCUGCAAGGAUGGAGAAUACAUUGACCAGCACGGCCACUGCCAGACCUGUGAAGCCUCGUGUGCCCAGUGCCGGGGGCCAACCCAGGAAGACUGCACUGGCUGCCCUGUCACAAGGAUUUUUGAUGACGGCCGCUGCGUUUUGAACUGUCCCUUAUGGAAAUUUGAAUUUCAGAACCAAUGCCAUCCGUGCCACCACACCUGCCAGGGCUGCCAAGGAAGGGGGCCUUCUGACUGCACUUCCUGUGGAGCAGAUGACCAUGGCCAAGAACGCUUCCUGUACCAGGGAGAGUGUCGAGAGAGCUGCCCAGCAGGCCACUACCCUACCAAGGGGCACAACUGCCUGCCCUGCCCAGACAACUGCGAGCUUUGCUACAGCCCACGUGUCUGCACGAGAUGCAUGGAUGGCUACUUCUUAGUGCCCACCAACCACACCUGCCAGAAGUUAGAGUGUGGACAAGGUGAAGUGCAAGACCCAGACUAUGAAGGAUGUGUGCCUUGUGAAGAAGGGUGUCUGGGAUGCAGCUUGGAUGAUCCGGGAACCUGUACAUCGUGCGCUAUGGGGUAUUACAUGUUUGAACGCCACUGUUACAAAACCUGUCCCGAGAAGACCUACCCUGAGGAAUCGGAAUGCAGAGCAUGCGACACUAACUGUGGCAGCUGUGACCAGAACGAGUGUUACUGGUGUGAAGAGGGCUUCUAUCUCUCGGGUGGCAGCUGUGUGAGAAAAUGUGGCACUGGCUUCUAUGGUGAGCAAGAAAUAGGAGAAUGUGAGCCCUGCCACCGAGCCUGCAAAACCUGUACCGGCCCUGGCUACGACGAGUGCAGCAGCUGCCGAGAAGGGCUGCAGCUGCUGCAUGGGACAUGUGUACAUCUGGCCCCGUCCCAGGUGGAAGGCCAGUUCUGGAAUGAAGCUGUGCCCACUGCAAACCCAUCUCUGGUGAAGAGUCUGCUGCAGGAGCGACGAAGGUGGAAGGUUCAAAUCAAAAGAGACAUUUUGAGAGAAUAUCAGCCUUGUGAUUCUUCUUGUAAAACCUGCAGUGGAUCUGCAACUCUGUGCACGUCCUGUCCAAAAGGUGCGUAUCUGUUGGCUCAGGCCUGUGUUUCCUCCUGUCCCCAAGGCACAUGGCCCUCCACACAGAGUGGGAGAUGUGAGAGCUGUACAGAGGACUGUGCCUCUUGCUCUGAAGCCGAUCUUUGCGAGAAGUGCCGGCUUCAGCCAGGCCACGCUCUCUUCCUCCAUGAAGGCAGGUGCUACUCCAAGUGCCCUGACGGCUUCUACGCAGAAGACGGCAUAUGUGAACGCUGUAGCUCUCCUUGCAGAACAUGUGAAGGAAAUGCCACCAACUGCCAUUCCUGUGAAGGAGACCUUGUCCUGCACCACGGAGUGUGCCAGGAAACCUGUUCCGAGAGGCACGUGGCUGUGGAGGGGGUGUGCCAGCCUUGCCCAGAGAGGUGUCAGGAGUGCAUCCACGAGAAAACAUGCAAAGAGUGCCUGCCUGAGUUCUUCCUGCACAGCGACAUGUGCCAUCAGUCCUGUCCCCAAGGCUUCUACAAGGACUCACGCCACUGUGUCCCCUGUCACGAAGACUGUCUGGAGUGCAGGGGCCCCAAAGCUGAUGACUGUGAGCUCUGUGCUAGUGCUUCCUUGGUCCUCUACGAUGGGCUGUGCUUGAACGAGUGCCCAGCAGGAACUUACUAUGAAAAACAGACUAAGGAUUGCAGAGAUUGCCCCGAGUCCUGCUCAACCUGCUCGUCAGCUGGGACCUGCACCGCCUGUCGGGAAGGCUGGAGGUUGAACAGCCACGGGGGCUGCGUGGCUAAGGAGGAGUGUGCCCCCACCGAGUACUGGGAUGAAAAGGCUCUUGGGUGCAAGCCCUGCCACACUCAGUGCUUCCGCUGCACAGGGCCUGCCAGGGACCAGUGUCACACUUGUCAGAGGAAGACCCUUCUUCUCAACACAACCUGUGUGGAGGACUGCCCAGAGGGCUACUAUGCCGAUGAGGGCAGCCACCGCUGUGGCCCCUGCCACAGCUCUUGCAGGACGUGUGAGGGGAGACACAGCACGCAGUGCCGCUCCUGCCGACCGGGCUGGCUCCAGCUGGGAAAAGAGUGCCUGCUCCAGUGCAGAGAAGGAUAUUACGCAGACAACGCCACAGGCCGGUGUGAGAGGUGCAACAAGAGCUGCAAGGCAUGCCGGGGCCCGCAGCCCACAGACUGCCUGUCUUGCGAUACAUUUUUCUUUCUGCUCCGCUCCAAGGGAGAAUGUCAUCGCACCUGCCCACAUCACUACUACGCAGAGCAGAGCACGCAGACCUGUGAGAGAUGCCACCCGACCUGUGACAAAUGCAAAGGAAAAGGCGCACUGAGUUGCUUGUCCUGUGUGUGGAGUUAUCACCUCAUGGGAGGAAUCUGUGCCUCGGACUGUCUCGUGGGGGAAUACAGAGUGGGAGAGGGAAAGAAAUUUAACUGCGAAAAGUGCCAUGAGAGCUGCAUGGAAUGCAAGGGACCUGGCGCCAAGAACUGCACAGUCUGCCCCGCCAGCCUGCUGCUGCACAUGGAUGACAGUCGCUGCCUCCGCUGUUGCAACUCCUCGGAUCCCACCCACGCCCAGGAGUGCUGUGACUGCCAGGACACCACAGACGAAUGUAUCCUUCGAACAAGCAGGGUUGGGCCUGCAGCUGAGCUCUCCAAGACAGGUCUACUCAUCACCUCCUUCAUCAUGCUGAUGCUUCUGCUUGGGGUGGCUGUGCUCGUCGGGAGGAAAUCUCGGGGCAGAGUCCAGCCAGCAGAAAAGUCCGGCUAUGAAAAGCUGGCUGACCCCAGCAAGUCUUACUCCUAUAAGAGCAGCUACCGAGAGAGCACCAGCUUUGAAGAGGACCAGGUGAUUGAGUACAGGGACCGGGACUACGAUGAGGAUGAUGAUGAUGACAUCGUCUACAUGGGCCAAGAUGGCACCGUCUACCGGAAAUUUAAGUAUGGGUUGCUGGAUGAUGAUGAUGAUGAUGAGCUGGAAUAUGAUGAUGAGAGUUAUUCCUACCAGUAAACGA